AUGGCUACUGCAGCUGGUCCUUUAGAAAAUCUGCGAGAUGAAUUGACCUGUUGCCUUUGUCUGGAAUAUUUUAAUCAUCCUGUAUCAAUUAAAAAAUGCUCCCACAGCUUCUGCAAAGAAUGCAUCACGCAGUACUGUAAGAAGGGGACCAAGGUUUCCUGUCCCACAUGCAGGCAGGACCUUUGUCAGAAUAAUCUGGUGGAAAACAGAUCACUUGCCAACAUAGUGGGCAUUGUCCUGCAGAUUAAGGAGAAUCCAACAGCACGAUGGCGAAGGAAGCCACAAAACUGUCAGGAGCUGUUGGAACUCUUCAGCACAGAUGAUCAAGAAGCCAGUGGACCCCAGAAUCUAAAACUGUCGGCUGGAUGUCUUCUAAGUCAGCUCAAGGGCCGAGGGCGCAGCUGCCCCAGCCGCCAGCGCGCCUUGCUCGAGAGGCUGCCCCGCCGCCACGCCUUGCUGGAGCUGCUGCUAGUACCGGGGCGCAGAGUGGUCAGCUCAGCUGCAGUCCCAAGCUCUGCUCACGACCUGAGGUCGAUCCCAAUGGAAGUGGGUUGCAGGUAGCCGGCGCGCUCCUCCCGGCAGCCGGCCGCAGCAGUCCCGCGACGGACGCAGGAUGAGGUGAAAAUAAGCGAAAUCCCUGCACAAGUCGACGUCGUAUUGGAGGCAAUCUCCAACAUGAGAAAGGACAGGACUGAAAUGAAGGAUUAUGUAUCUCGGAUCAAAACCUCAGUUACAGAAGACUUCAUUGUCAUGAAGAAGUACAUUAAUGACCAGGAGCAAAUGGUGCUGAAGGUUCUUGACCAAGAAUGUACAGUGGCCGAACAAAAAAUCGAUGCAGUGGUUCAGCUGCUGACGGCAAGGAUCGACCACCUUUUAGAGUUUCAAAAUAACACUGAAAAAACACUGAAGAAUGUCUCGGCAGAACAAGCUGUUUAUGUGGGUUCUUCUACUUCAGUUGAUGAAGUUACACUGGAUGUUCAGAAGAUUGACAGUGUUGCACAUGCCGUAAAAAAACUCAAAAGGUUAUUGGAAAUUCCAGUGUUGGAGAACUGUCCUGGGCAGAUGCUACAAGAGCCUUCUCCAGAAUCCAGCAGCACCAGUGACAUCCUGAUGGAGGUGGGAGAAUGCACAGUUGCCUCUUCCAGCAAUUAUUCCCAGCCUCAAGAUACGUAUCAGGAGACUAGUGGCUGUUCAUCAUCAAUGGAAUCUGAUGGAGACAGUUCUAUGCCAGUGAUUUCAAGUCAGUUUUCUUCGUGGGCAUCCGAUGUGACAUUUGAUCUCGAGAGAAUCCAUGACAACCUUGAACUCACGAAAGAUAAAAGGAGAGUGACCGUGUCCCGGUUUCCUCGUAAAUCUAAAUGCUCCCAAAAGAAAUUCUACAUCAGCCAGGUGAUGGGCUCUCCUGGUUUCUCUGAAGGGCGCCAUUACUGGGAAGUGAGCACCAAAGACAGCACUGGGUGGGCCAUUGGUGUGGCUGUCGGGGAAAUUGGCAGUCGUGAGCAACUAGGGAGAACUGAGCUAUCCUGGUGCAUAGAAUGGGCAAAUGAAAAACUCUCUGCAUGGCACAAGGGACAAGAAACUCAAAUUAGUGAAGAGAAACCUCUGCGGGUUGGCACCUUUCUCAACAUUUCUCAAAACUGCUUAUCGUUUUAUUCUUGCACUGAUAAGGAAACUUGCUUACAUACAUUUGAAAUAAAAAAAGACAGUCCUGUUUACCCGGCUUUUUGGAUCUAUGGUGGGAGUGCGGGUGAAUUCUUAACAAUAUGCAGUAUUAAGAAGAGCUAG